AUGGAAAAUCUCAAGGAUACAUACUUCAAAGAGGUAGCAGCUGAUAAAAACGCGGUGUCGGGUCAAGCCAGAAAGAAAAAGAAAAGACCUUACAUACACAUGGGAGCACUUUCAUUUUUAUGCACUCAAAAAUCUCUGAGAGAUGCGACAAAUAAUGUUACAUACACAGAAAACAGUACAAGUAAUGCCGAAGACCUUACUAAUCAAUCCGGCGAAGACACUGACUCAGAAGUUACACAAAAUAAAAGACUGAAAGCGAGCAUGCGUAAAAAGAGUAAAAAUCUGAAUAACAGCGAUGAUGAGUUAUUGAAACUAUUGCAGGAGAAAAAAUAUGAUGAAGAUAUUUCAUUCUGUGCAAUGCUCAUCUCGAUAUUAAAAAAAUCUAUCAAUAGACCAGAAACACUAUGCAAAAAUUGA